GCGUGCCUACAUCGAUGUGAAAGUGGAUGCUCAUGCAAGCUGAAACUUUGUGAGAAGUCUGCUAUCUGGAGCACCGUCUUCCCGGACGAAAAGUCCGCGCUUGGUUACUUUGACUUCUCCAGUGGUCUCCUUAAACUUGACCAUGCCAGUCAGCGGGAUGGCACGAUGCCGCCAGUCUACUCAGUUGAACUCUAA